AUGACUCAUGUGGAGAUCGACCAUAUUCUGACAAACAGAAGAUGGUGCCUAUUUGACACAUCGGUAGUCCCGUCAUUUUGUACUGGUUCCGAUCACCGCCUUCUUCGCGCGAAUGUUCGAUUCAGUCGCGAACUGGAGAAGAACUCUCUUCAUCGACUCCAGGGAAAAAGUCUAGCUGUAUACAACGAGAACAUUCUGAACUUAAUCCUAUCCAAGCGUGACUGGCAGAUUAAAGAAGAUCCGACAGAAGACUACGGGCUGCUUGUCGAAGAACUGAAAACCUGUGCCGAAUCCGCCUCAGUUCCUCAAGCAGGAAGAUCGAACCGCAUCUCCAUCACUACUAAGGAGUUGCUCGAAAAGAGAAGGAAACUAAAGCUUGAUUCUACUGUAACACGUUUAACAUCACUAGUAAUAAAUGCUAGACGCAGAUGA